AUGACGCAAAGCCCAUAUCAUGACAAUUUCAUCACCCAACCCGAAGAUACUGCAACGUGGGAAAACAACUCACAGUACGCUCUAACACCUGGAUAUUCCGGUAGUCCUAAUGCAACACAGCUCAACUACAGUCCCUCCCCCUCUGCUGUGCUAGAAGAUCACCCACGAUCAGAUAUUCUUAGGCUGCUAAAGUUGUCUGAAUGGGAAGAAAGAAGAGUAUACAAGAAGGACCCGCCGACCUGUAUACACUACCGUAUAGAGUGGCGUGUUACAGUCAACAAUCGAGAGGUGUCAAAGGACACGAAGGAAGAUCUUGUUUUGGCUCCUAGUGCCUUCUGGCAGCUGUGCUUGGAGAAGAAAUUAGAGAAAGUUCUUCGACGAAAAAUUGCCCGUCAUCGUCAGGUCAAACCUGAUGACACUGCGAUUGUCGUUUCAGUGAACGACCGAACCCAGCGCAAUUUGACUAAACGAUUUGAUGAUACCGACAUCACUUGGACCGCCAUCGAGAACCAGCUCCGAAUGUGGGCAGGCCUAUUCUCCCGGGGUAAAGAGCUCACGCUGAAGAUCAGUUUCAAUUACGUAGAUGAUCGUCACUCUCCUCCAGCCGCUGGUCGGAAUGGGGAGAAAAGAGGAAAAGCCUCUGAUGCUUCUGGAGAAAGACCUGUCUGGCGCAGCGUCUAUAAUGUGAUGCGGUGCGGAUCCUCGACUUGCCCAUUAGGCCCAUAUUGUUGGGUGGAUCCAAUGGGGAAAAAGCAUUACCAACUGAAGACUCAUCAUCUCAAGCGGCUCGUUACCCACGUCGAAAAAGGUGGGGUGUUAGACGGGCACAAGGAUGUGCCAGAAACAGUAUGCGAAGAAUUAUAUAUGGAAGAGCAACAAAGACAGGGAAAGAACAAUCGCAAAGGAGGACAUGUGACAGGAAAUGGAGCACCAUAUCCUGCUAUCAACAUCAAUGUCCUGCCCUCGCAGUCUUCUACCUCUGCGGCUGCACAGGUUUCUGCUGACUUCCAGUCCAUGCAAUCUCUAGGCCCGCUUGAGAUCCCUGGACCUAGGGAUGAAGCAGUCAAGGAGUAUGGUGAAUGGCAAGUGUCAAAUGUCACUAAUGACACUCUCAAGGCUGCAUUCCGAGAGAUCUGUCACUUGAUGAUCGACAAUGGUCUUGAUCUUGAGCAGGUCUACAAGGAUCAAGACCCGGAAUUCUUUAUCGGAAAGGGCAUAAAGAUAGGUAUUGCUCGACGGUUCGUAGAAGACAUACGGCGCUGGGUCGAGAACGUGAAGAAAGCAAUCCCUAUUUAUGAGAAAUGUAGCAACUACCCAAUUUGUCGUUGGCGUACAUGGUGUUUAGGAGGUUUAUUUUAA